GCUAUCACCUAGGAACCAGAUCGCCUAUUCUCGAAAACAGUACGUAAAUACACUAGGUAGAAAUACUACAGAGUGUAGCCUCCCUACGCCAAGUGUCACCUCAGAUGUGGUUCACAGAAUAAGGAUUCUGUGAAGGUUUUCCCCCUGUUAUUUGUUGUUUUAAUUCUUUCCGCCGGUACCGGCUGUUGUCUCCUGCGUACUAUGACAAUUGACUGUCCGAAGCGGAUACGGUCUUAGCUGCCCGUGCGAGAUGCCUAUCGAGCAGGAGGGACGCGCUGACAGCGACCGUGGCCGGACGCUGUCUCAUUACUUGCCUUCGCUAUGAAGUUGGCGGAAAAUUUGCAUUUCGGGGCGUCUUCGCUGGGAGGAAGAGGAGCGGCAGCCAGGCACUAGUGGCUGUCAAGGCAGGUUGCACAGCGCUGGUUUGUGGCUCAGCCUCGGAGAUCCUCUGCUGAUCGCGGCGGUGUCACAGAGGGAUUUACUGCGAUCAGAUUUAUGAAUGGCAGUCUGACAUUGCGUUCGGCCUGUUCCGUGCCUGUUUGCUAGAUUUAGAAACAUUUUCUUGUCGCUUUUGUAAAGCAGAUGCAUGAUGACGGGCGUUAAUUGUGACUAAUGAUAAAGCAUCGGAUUAGAUUGCAGAUAGUGUGUUUUUUGCGGUAGUCAGGUGCACUUCCAGUUGUGCACGAAUCCCGCUUGUCUUGCAGUAGCAGCCGGUCCGCUUUAAAAUGUGCCUGUUCCGUGCCCUGUUACCCGCUUGUAACCAUGCUCGCUGAGGCGCCGGGCUUUCCGGGUGGGCGCCUUUCAUCAGCAGGAAAACACAGAUCCUUACCGCGGUGGAAAGAGGCGGAAAAGUUCAUUGACGAAAGCGGACUCGAUCCGGAGGAGAGGGGAGUUUGUCAGGAUACACGGAGGUGAAUUAUGAAUGGAGUUCGGGUGCAUCUGGUCGUUAAGGCUCGGCACUGAGGGUAACUGCUAAAAAAUAACACAUUCUUCGCAAAAGCGGAUAAAGUACAAUUAUGAACAUUUCGAUAAUUUCAUUGUGACAAGGGGGUAUAGAUUUGGACCUUCCCCCCCCCCCCCAAUUUCUGUUGUAACGAAAAAGGUCGAUGCAUGGUGGCGCGUUUUGGUGAAGGGUUUAUCUGAAGUUGCGGUCGGAAUAUCGGGGUAAUACAGAAAUUGUCGAGUAUCAUGGCCGACCGGACCGCUCCCCGAUGCCAGCUGAGAUUGGAGUGGGUUUACGGGUACAGGGGGCACCAGUGCCGCAACAACCUGUACUACACCGCCGGCAAAGAGGUGGUGUACUUCGUGGCCGGGGUCGGCGUGGUUUACAACACCCGUGAGCACACGCAGAAGUUUUACCUGGGACACAAUGAUGACAUUAUCAGCCUCGCUCUGCAUCCGGAUAAAACUCAGGUCGCUACUGGCCAGGUGGGGAAGGACCCAUACAUCUGCGUGUGGGACACGUACAACAUGCAAACCACCUCCAUCCUGAAGGACAUCCACACCCACGGGGUGGCCUGCCUGGCUUUCGACUCGGAUGGACAGCGAUUGGCGUCAGUGGGUCUUGAUGCCAAGAACACGGUGUGCGUGUGGGACUGGAAGAGGGGCAAAGUGCUGGCUUCGGCGACCGGCCACUCGGACAGGAUCUUUGACAUCACCUGGGACCCAUACCAGCAGCAGAGGAUGGUGAGCUGCGGGGUGAAGCACAUCAAGUUCUGGUCCCUGUGUGGGAACGCCCUGACCCCCAAGCGAGGGAUCUUCGGUAAGGCGGGCGACCUGCAGACCAUCCUGUGCGUGGCCGCCUCUAAGGAGGACGUCACGUACUCGGGGGCCCUCAACGGGGACGUCUAUGUAUGGAAGGGCAUGAACUUGGUGCGCACCGUACAGUCGGCACAUGGGGCGGGGAUUUUUAGCAUGUACGCCUGCGAGGAGGGCUUUGCCACCGGGGGGCGAGACGGCUGCAUACGUCUGUGGGACACGGACUUCAAGCCCAUCACCAAAAUCGACCUCAGGGAGGCUGAGCAGGGGUAUAAAGGCCUGUCCAUCCGCAGCGUCUGCUGGAGAGCGGACCGCAUCCUGGCCGGCACGCAGGACAGCGAGAUCUUCGAGGUGAUGGUGCGUGACCGGGACAAACCACUGCUCAUCAUGCAGGGACACUGCGAGGGCGAGCUCUGGGCCAUGGACGUGCACCCCAAGAAGCCUCUCGCCGUCACCGGGAGCGACGACCGCUCCGUCAGGCUGUGGAGCCUCGUGGACCACGCCCUCAUCGCCCGCUGCAACAUGGAGGAGGCUGUACGCAGUGUGGCCUUCAAUGGCGACGGCUCACAGCUGGCUUUGGGCAUGAAGGACGGCUCGUUCACCGUGCUGCGCGUUAGGGACAUGACCGAGGUGGUCCACAUAAAGGACAGGAAGGAGGUCAUCCACGAGAUGAAGUUCUCGCCCGACGGCGCCUACCUGGCGGUGGGCUCCAACGACGGCCUGGUGGACGUCUACGCCGUGUCCCAGCGCUACAAGAAGGUGGGAGAGUGUAACCGGUCCAUUAGCUUCAUCACGCACCUCGACUGGUCCGUGGACAGCAAGUUCCUGCAGACCAACGACGGCGCCGGCGAGCGCAUCUUCUACAGGAUGCCCUCUGGGAAGCAUGUGGCAUCCAAGGAGGAGACCAAAGGGAUCCACUGGGUUUCCUGGACGUGUGUCAUUGGGCCAGAGGUCAGUGGGAUCUGGCCCAAGUACACCAACAUCAACGACAUCAACUCCGUAGACGCCAACUACAACAGCGCCGUGCUGGUGACCGGCGAUGACUUCGGUCUCGUCAAGAUCUUCCGUUUCCCAUGUCUGAAAAAAGGUGCAAAAUUCAAGAAGUACAUUGGCCACUCUGCCCAUGUGACCAACGUGCACUGGUCACAUGACCUGCAGUGGGUGCUGAGUACCGGGGGGGCAGACCACUCGCUUUUCCAGUGGAGGUUCCUACCCGAAGGCGUCAUGAAUGGCGUCCUGGAGCCGCUUCUCCAAGAGGGAUACCCGGAUUCCAACAGCGAAGAGUCAGACUCAGAUCUCUCUGAUGUCCCCGAGCUGGACUCUGAUAUCGAACAGGAGGCCCAGAUCAACUAUGACCGGCAGGUGUACAAGGAGGAUUUACCCCAGCUGAGGCAGCAGAGCCGGGAGAGAAAGCAGCCGGCCAGCUCACUGAAGCGGCAGCGUCCCCCGGACGAGGGGCUGCGGCUCCAGUUUGUUCACGGGUAUCGCGGCUACGACUGUCGGAACAACCUGUUCUACACGCAGACGGGCGAAGUAGUGUACCACGUGGCCGCAGUGUCUGCCGUCUACAACCGACAGCAGCACUCACAGCGCUUCUACCUGGGACACGACGACGACAUCCUCAGCCUAGCUGUGCAUCCACUCAAGGACUACGCCGCCACCGGCCAGAUGGGCCGUGAUCCAGCCAUCCAUGUGUGGGACAUCCAGACCCUGAAGUGUCUGUCGCUCCUGAAAGGCCAUCACCAGAGAGGGGUCUGUGCUCUCGACUUCUCUGCGGACGGGAAGACCCUGGUGUCUGUAGCGAUUGAUGACAGCCACUCUGUAGUUGUGUGGGACUGGAAGAAGGGCGAGAAACUGGCGACGGCAAGGGGCCAUAAAGACAAGCUGUUUGUGGUCAAGUGCAGCCCCUUUCAAAUGGACAAGCUGGUCACCGUGGGGAUCAAGCACAUCCGCUUCUGGCAACACGCAGGUGGGGGCCUCACCUCCAAGCGGGGGAUCUUCGGCAACCUGGGCAAGCCGGAGACGAUGAUGUCGGUGUGCUACGGCCGAGGGGAGGACCUGGUGUUCUCGGGGGCCGCCACCGGGGACGUCUACAUCUGGAAGGAGGUGGUGCUUCUGAAGACUAUGAAGGCUCACGAUGGGCCUGUGUUCGCCAUGUACUCCUUAGACAAGGGGUUUGUCACAGGUGGGAAGGACGGCGUGGUGGAGCUGUGGGACGACAUGUUUGACAGGUGCCUGAAGACCUUCGCCAUCAAGAGAGCAGCACUCUCUUCUGGAUCCAAAGGGUUGCUGCUGGAGGAUAAUCCCUCCAUCCGUGCCAUCACCCUGGGCCACGGCCACAUUCUGGUGGGCACCAAGAAUGGAGAGAUACUUGAAAUCGACAAGAGCGGCCCCAUGACUCUGCUGGUUCAGGGUCACAUGGAGGGGGAGGUGUGGGGCCUGGCGGCCCACCCCUUGCUCCCCAUCUGUGCCACAGUGAGCGACGACAAGACCCUCCGCAUCUGGGAGCUCUUCCCCAAUCACCGCAUGGUCGCUGUCCGCAAGCUCAAAAAAGGAGGACGGUGCUGUGCCUUCUCCCCUGACGGAAAAGCCCUGGCAGUCGGCUUAAAUGACGGCAGUUUCCUGGUGGUCAAUUCGGACACUCUGGAGGACAUGGUGUCCUUCCAUCACAGGAAGGAGAUCAUCUCCGACAUCAGGUUCUCACAAGAUGCUGGCAAGUACCUGGCCGUGGCCUCUCACGACAAUUUUGUAGACAUCUAUAACGUGCUGACCAGCAAGAGGGUGGGCAUCUGCAAGGGAGCGUCCAGCUACAUCACACACAUUGACUGGGACACCCGCGGUAAAUUGCUUCAGGUUAAUUCCGGUGCCAAAGAGCAUCUGUUCUUCGAGGCCCCAAGAGGAAAGAGACAGACCAUUCGAACCACUGAUAUCGAGAGGAUAGAAUGGGCCACCUGGACAUGCGUACUGGGCCCCGCCUGCGAGGGCGUCUGGCCCACGCACAGCGACAUCACGGACGUCAACGCUGCCUCACUCACCAAAGACAGGAAACUGCUGGCUACUGGAGAUGACUUUGGCUUCCUCAAGCUCUUCAGCUAUCCAGUCAAGGGUCAAUAUGCCAAAUUUAAGAAGUACAUGGGUCACAGCGCCCAUGUGACCAACGUGUGCUGGGCCCAGGACGACGCCACACUGCUGACGGUGGGCGGAGCCGACACAGCACUCAUGAUCUGGGCACGCGAGGCCACGGGGAACCGUGAGACCAAGCCCGUGGACAGCGAGGAAUCUGACGACGACACCGAUGAGGAUGGAGGCUACGACAGCGAUGUGGCCAGGGAGAGGAGCAUCGAUUACACCACUAAGAUCUACGCCGUCAGUAUCCGGGAGAUGUCGGGUACCAAGCCACACCAGCAGCAGAAGGAGGUGUCACCAGAGGAGAGGCAGGGAAUUGUCAAGCCUCCCGUGAGUCGAGCUGCCCCCCAGCCCGAAAAACUACAAAAGAACAACGUUUUAAAGAAGAAGAAGCUGGUAGAGGAGCUGGUGCUAGACCAUGUGUUCGGAUACAGGGGCUUUGACUGCCGCAACAACCUGCAUUACCUCAACGACGGCGCCGACAUCGUCUUCCACACGGCAGCAGUGGCCGUAUUGCAGAGCCUGUCCACAGGCACCCAGAGUUUCUACCUUGAACACACAGAUGACAUCCUCUGCUUAACUGUCAAUCAACACCCUAAGUAUAAGAAUGUUAUUGCCACUGGACAGAUAGGCGAUGUCACAGACCUGCCAGGGACCACCCCAUCUGUCCACAUCUGGGACGCCAUGAGCAAGCAGACUCUCUCCAUCCUGCGCUGUUCCCACACCAAGGGCAUCGGCUACAUCAACUUCAGCGCCACGGGCAAGUUGCUGCUGUCGGUCGGCGUCGAGCCUGAACACACCAUGACUGUGUGGCGCUGGCAGGAAGGUGCCAAAGUAACGAGCAAAACAGGUCACAUGGACCGCAUCUUCGUGGUGGAGUUCCGGCCCGACUCGGACUCGCAAUUUGUGUCCGUGGGCGUGAAGCACGUCAAGUUCUGGACGCUGGCGGGAGGCUCGCUGAUGUACAGGAAAGGGGUGCUGGGCGGCCUGGAGGGGGCGCGGAUGCAGAGCAUGCUGUCAGUGGCCUUCGGUGCUAACAACCUCACUUUCACGGGUGCAAUAAACGGAGACGUCUACGUGUGGCGGGAGCACUUCCUGGUGCGGGUGGUGGCCAAGGCCCACACGGGACCCGUGUUCACCAUGUACACCACGCUGCGGGACGGGCUGAUCGUCACCGGCGGGAAGGAGAGGCCGACGAAGGAGGGCGGCGCCGUCAAGCUGUGGGACCAGGAGCUGAAGCGCUGCCGGGCCUUUCAGCUGGAGACGGGCCAGCCGGUGGAGUGCGUGAGGUCUGUGUGCCGCGGCAAGGGCAAAAUCCUGGUGGGCACCAAGGACGGCGAGAUCAUCGAGGUGGGAGAAAAGAACGCUGCCUCCAACAUCCUGACCAACGGGCACAUGCAGGGGGAGAUCUGGGGUCUGGCCACCCACCCGGCCAAGGACAUGUUUAUCUCCGCCAGCGACGAUGGGACCAUCCGUAUCUGGGACCUGGCCGACAAGAAACUGCUGAACAAGGUGAGUCUGGGGCAUGCAGCCAAGUGUGCCAAUUACAGCCCGGACGGUGAGAUGGUCUCCAUCGGCAUGAAGAACGGAGAGUUCAUCGUCCUGCUCGUCAACUCGCUCAAGGUGUGGGGCAAGAAACGUGAUCGCAGCACGGCCGUCCAGGACGUCCGCUUUAGCCCUGAUAACCGCUUCCUGGCCGUGGGCUCAGUGGAGAAGACCGUCGACUUCUACGACCUGACUUUGGGGCCGUCGCUCAGCCGCAUCGGCUAUUGUAAGGACAUCCCCAGCUUCGUUGUCCAGAUGGACUUCUCUGCUGACAGCAAGUACAUUCAGGUGUCCACAGGUACAUACAAGCGGCAGGUACACGAGGUGCCCACAGGGAAGCUGGUGACGGAGCAGGCGCUUGUGGAGAAGAUCACCUGGGCCACUUGGACGAGCACCCUGGGAGAGGAAGUGCUGGGCAUCUGGCCCCGGAACGCGGACAAAGCCGACGUUAACUGCGCCUGCGUCUCGCGUGCCGGACUGAACGUGGUCACUGGCGAUGACUUCGGCCUUGUCAAACUCUUCGACUUCCCCUGCACUGAGAAAUUUGCCAAACACAAGCGAUACUUUGGGCAUUCUGCUCACGUGACCAACAUACGCUUCUCCUACGACGACAAAUACGUGAUAAGCACAGGAGGCGAUGACUGCAGUGUGUUCGUGUGGAAGUGCUUGUAAGAAGGAGCCCACCCCCCCACGGGACGGGUCAGGGACACCCUUGGCAUUGCGUCAGAAGGAUUCCCCAUGCCACAAGUGUCUAGCUGCUACAACCCUCAAACAGAUGCUGCACCCGAAUCUCUGUCACGUCGAACACGGACGCCGACGGCCCGCGCAAGCUAAGGGGAAGCGGCCUGGACUUAGCGCUGUGCAAUAACCUUCUACAGAACCAGGAGCGGGCCGCCGCACGACGACAUGCCCUGUGCGCGGUCGGCCUGCUUCACCGAACCACACUCUCGCCACAGACGUUUUUUUUAUAACAAUCUGCUAAAUUAAAAAACCUGUUUACAUUCCCAUCGGCUUUCCACAAAGCGGCGAAACGUUAAUUCCCCAUCCCUUGCGUUUGACCACUGAGAUGUGAGCUACAUGUGAGAUCUUUCAUUUCAGGCCAUUAUUUUUUUAAUUAUGUGAAAGCCUUUAUUUUGACAGUGAAACAUAAGUGCCUUUUGUAGAUUUUUUUGUAUUGUGUUCCUUCAGUGUCAUGGUUCUGAUUGUUUUGUACACCUCUGGUGCUAUUAGACUGCAUAUCGAGGGCUCUCAGUAGUGUUAAGAAUUAGAUAUUUGAUAUGCAGGAAAGGAGUCUUUUUUGCACAACACCUAGUCGUCCAUUUUUCGUUACAUAUUGAUAGCUAGCUCUUCCUCUAAUAUCCAAAUAUCACAGGGAAAGCUCAGGAUUCACUCCAGGCACAAGUACUGUACUUUUAACUAGCUAACUUGGGGGGGGGGUGUUCCUUUUUACGCAUGUCAACAAUUGCAACAAACUGCAUUCCUUAAGUAACAAAGGAGAUCGUCCGCCAGGGAACAGUCGUGACAAAGGUCACGGUGACAGUGCAAAGACAACAGUGCUACUGGUGCAAGUGAACGAAGCAAACCUUCAGCUGUCCACUGCGACGCAGAACUUCCAGUGCAGAACAGGAAGUACAGACACACCAAAGCUGAACUAUGCAGCCUGUACUCUGACAGUCGUCUCUGCUCUCCUACCCCCUGUCUGUGCCGUCCGAUAAUCAGCCUGUGCCGUGACGUCUCACUGUAUCCAGCUACCGCGUGAACGCAAACUGUAAUGAACGCUGUGUGGGUCCCUACUGAAUAUUGAUCUUUGUCCAGUUUUUACAUUUUGUACGUUUUUUUCCUAUGUAAUUGAUUUGUCUAGCGUGUCCUGAACUUGAUUGUAUUAUAAUUGUAAAUUAUAGAAAUUCUCUGUGCAUGAAAAUUUAUUUUUCAAAUUUAAAAAUGUGUUGAGGAAACGAAUGGGGCAAAGUUAUUGUAUGAAUGAGGUUUUUUUUUUUUUAAAUUAAUGUAACUGAAUGUGCAAAGUGAUGUUCUACUUGCAGUAAAGAGAUGGCUAAGUGAGUCUGGUCUUCUGGCUGCACUUUACAUCCGUUUAUGGUGGUUUUAAGGAGACAGAGAGAAAUGCAUCUUUGCAUUUUGAAAACAUUUUUUUUUCUUUGUUAUUAAAUUUCCCUAAGAGGCCAACACUUUGUAUUACAAUAAGCCACGAUUCAUGGGGAGUGCUGGUAGCCACUAACAGCGUUUCCCAAAGCGGUCCUUGAGGACCCACAGUCAGUCCAUGUUUUUGCUCCCCCCGAGCUCCCUGUUAAACACUCAACAUUCUUGCUCCUCAGGGAGCAAAAACAUGGA